ACAAGGAACAGUCGCAGCCGGUGAUCUCACGUGUUCACUGGCUUUUGUUUUGAAUAAUAUACUAAUGAUCAAAUACAAUAAUUAACUUGAUGCCGCAAUACUGAAAUGUCUUCAACACACAUGCUUGCAUACAACGUUAAUCGGUAAACAAAAAUAAGUGUUACUUCGUCUUUUAAUGCGUUACCUAAAUGUGUUGUGUAAGUUCUUAGCAAGUUAGCUAACAGACAUCGGAACAAGCCAGGAGUCAUGAAGUACAGCACGUAAUUUUAAAUGCUCCUUUCUCUCAGUCAAAUCAGUUUAUAAGACUAAAAUGGCUAUCAGAUUACCUCUGGUUGGAGCUUUACGUUAUAUCGACUCCAGAACGAGUGUUAUUGCACAGCGACUGUUCUGCUCUCGAAAGAGAGGACAAGGAUCUUCUGACACUAUAAGGGUGCUGUAUGAUGGAGAAUGCCCAAUAUGUGUUAAAGAAAUUAGCUUUCUUCAGUUUCUUCAGAGAAACGGAGCAGAUAAAGUAGAUUUUGUGGACAUCUCACUGCCAGAAUAUGACGGGAGAAAAUAUGAAGGAGUCAGUUAUGAGAUGGCAAUGGAGGAAAUGACAGUGAUUGAUGAGAAGAACAAGAUUCAUCGUGGAGUUCCAGCUUUCACGGUGAUGUACAGUGCAGUGGGUUUGGGUUGGCUUGGCACGUUCAUCUCUCUCCCACUGUUCAGGCCUAUAAUGGAGCGAGCCUAUGGGGUGUUUGCAAGAAACAGACUGAAGUGGACCGGCAGAGAGGGCUGCACCACUGGACGCUGUGCUAAAAAAUAGUUAUA